UUGAUUUCCAAUAUUACAGACGUGAUCGGUUCGCUUGUGGUGAGCGCCCAGCAACGCAUCGCGUAUCCGUAUGGUCAGCCUCAAGCUCAACGUCAAUUUACCGUAUUCGUGCCAACUGCACGUGAGCUCCCACGUGAACUCCCACGUGAGCCGCCACGUGAGCUCCGAAGUGAGCUCCGACGUGAGGCGCCACGUGAGAAUUUGCCGACACAGCAGUUUUUGGCGCCGAUUUGGUUGCUAACCGGAGACGGCUUCCGUCCGGAAAUUUUUCUGCUGGCACCCACUAUUGCGACGGCGUAUGCAUUCGACGAUGCUUGGCCGCAACAGCCGCAUCCGCAGCAAGGCGCCACCUUUCAAGUGCCUGUCGUGAACUCGAUACGUCCACCACAACAGCAGCACUUUGAAGUUGGUGCGGCUCCGGUUCCGGCNCUCCAGCUCCAGCGACUACGUCAAGGCGGGCUGGUGGCUCCGGCUCCGUCUAGCCAAGGUGCUCCGGCUCCGGCUCUAACUCCUAGACGAACUGCAGUCGUCGGCGGCACGAACUUGCCAUCGCUAAGUUUCCAAGAGGAUGCGACGGCACCAGAGCAAGUUCAGCUAGUUCAAGAGACGCUAGAGCGUGAUCCACCACUUCAAUCCAGUCGAGAGCCCGUCGUUCCAAAACAGCAGCAGCACAAUAACCAACAAUUUUGGGCUGCAGCAGAUGAACGCAGAGCGCAAUAUCUCAACAACCACAAUGAAGCACCACCUCCGUUAGCAGCCGUACCCCAAAUGCGUCAACGACAAGACUGGAACAGCGUCGUCGUUGGUCAGGCAGCUGCGUGGCAGCAGCAGCAGCCGCGUGUUCGAACCCAACCAAACGGUCAAGCCGACGAUCGGGAGCAACCUCAAGGUCGAGGUCGAGGUCAAGGUCAGGUUCAAGUGCCAGUUUCGGAUCUGCAGCUAGCUGCUGAGCCGCCAUUCCAACAGGACAACCAGCCGCGGCCGCCGCCGCCGCAACAACAACAACAACAAGCAGAGUAUCGUUUUGGGGAACGGGUUGGCCCAACCGGAGAUCAACCAAGAGGUCAGCCAGAGGUCAGGGGUCAACCAGAGGUCAGGGGUCAGCCAGAGGUCAGAGGUCAGGCUGAGUUUGAGGCUCGAGCACGUGCUCAGGAAGCUGAUUUUGAGCGGCAACGUGCAAUGCAGCAGCACCAAUGGGAGUUGCAAUGGCAAAAACAAGUGGAGCAAAUGCAACCUCGUGAGCAACACCAGAGGCAGAAGUUCGAGACGUUUCGGCAGCUCCAGUCGGAGCCGUUUGCUGCCAAUAGACAGCUCCAGUCGGAGCCCGUGAGUACGGGCAGACAG